AUGGCUUUCACAAACGCCAUUUGCAUAAUUCUCCCCAUUUUCCUCUGCUUGUCCAUAGUCCUCUGCCUCGUCUUCUUCACGGUCCGCGCCACCGCGCAUGACGACAUGCCGCCGCGCGUAUCCAGCAGCGACCCAGAGACGGUGAUAGACGACGAUCAUCUCGUCCUGGGCACGCGCAAGAAUCCUCAGAGGAGAAUCACCAAUAUUCGCGAUAUAUUCCUCCGCGAUGAAAGGGUUUAUCUUGGCGACGAAGAGAGUGAUACGCAGCCUCUGCUUUCGGGCGAAUUAUACGACAAUCCGCUGGAGCAACCCCCUUCAGUUCAUAUGGUUAUUACAGGACAGGGUGAAAAUAUGCAUGGAAAGCACUCAAUCAACUGGCAUGGGACAAAUACGUUGAACACACCAUGGGCAUGGAUGGCAUAA